CCAACCUUCUUCUCUCACACGCCCGCGAUUGAUUCCCAAGCCUUCUGCCCAACCCAAGCAUAUUGCUUUGUUGUUUAUGCCAGCUCCCGAUCGUCUGCUUUCCACGAACCGAUCAAAACGACCGUAACUGCCGCCGCUCCUCGAGCACGACGACAAGGAACAGCCGCCACCCUCGUCCUUCGCAUCUGCCCGUCGCCCACCCCCCUUUUUGCCAGCAGUCCAUCUGGCUUGAUGAACAGUAUCAAGCGAGAACAAGAGUUCGGCAGCGUUAGCAUGUCGAAGGGGCCCUCAAAUACCAGCCCGGCCACGUCGCAGGCGGGCACCAUGGAUCCGCUCGUCGACUCCCUCAUCGACUUCGGCGAGUACGACAGCAGCAACAUGUCAUACCAAUCACCCUCGCUGUCGCCGGCAGCGACCUCCAAGGCCUCCUUCACGAGGCCCACGCCCUCGGCCACCACGCCCAUCUCCCUCCUGACGACGACGCAACCCCUCUCUGGGCCCAGCCACGACUACGACAUGUACAAGCAACAGACGGGCAUCGUUCCUGGCGCUCUGGCAACGACACUGGCGGUCAACCAGAACAACACCCAGAUCACGGGCUACUCCUCGUUCAACAUCGAGGAGUACCUUGGCAUGAGCAACCCCGACUUCGACUUCAACACCAGCCCAUCACAGCAAACAGUCGACAUGGAUAUGGAGUUCGAUUCGCCUGCAGACAACAGCUUCUUCUUUGGCUCGACCGUCAACCCCAGCAUCAUCGGCGGCCAGGACUCGCAGGGCCUCCCUUCGCCGUCACCCCUCUCGUCCUCUGCUAGCGGCCCAACCAGGGUAUGGCCCGGCAUGCACCAGCAGCAGGCCGCCCUCGCCAAGGCCCAGGCUCAGCAGAAGAUUCAACAGCAGAUCAUCCAGCAGAGGCAGCAGCCACCGCCUCAGCCGGCUAAGCACCAGCGUUCCAAGUCCAACCAGCCGUCCGACCCCAUCGUGGAGCAGAAGAUUACGCAGCUGCUGAACUCGAUGCGAGCCAAGCCCUCGAAUGGCGAUUCCCAGAGCCAGAGCCCUGUCUUGCACCCUCCUCGAUCCAAGAAGGACGAAGAGGACAUGGACGAGGAUGAGAGGCUGCUUGCCAGUGAAGAGGGCAAGAAGCUCACCAGCAAGGAGCGCCGCCAGCUGAGGAACAAGGUCUCGGCCCGCGCUUUCCGCUCAAGGAGAAAGGAAUACAUCACGCAACUCGAAAGCGAGAUUGCCGGCAAGGUCACCGAGAACGGCGACUUGCGGGCGCACAACCGUGCUCUCCAGGACGAGAACAAGAGGCUCCAGGAUCUCACCCGCAUGCUUCUUUCGUCGCCUUCGUUUUCGGAUUUCCUCGACCGGCUUAGCUCCAACCCUAGUCAACUCCCUCAGCCAUCGCAGUCCGCCCCCCAGGCCGAGCAGCAAAGGCCAGAGUCGCGCCAGAUGCCCAAGGACGUCAACCCGUAUGCGACUCAGCAGCACCGCCAGCAGAUCGGUAUGGCCAUGAUCCCUGAGCAGACCAUGGACUUCUCAGGUCUGGCACUGGACACGGACAUCGCCGGUUUCAACUUCCAACCUCAGGUUUACGCCGUCAUGGAAACUCCCGAAAUUGUCCUGCCUUCGAUCGAGCCCUCUGUCCUCUCUGGAAAGUCAUCCAACUUCAUCGGCGAGACCUUCAAGGCCGAUGACGAGAAGAUUAGCACUCCCCUUAUCACUUGCCCUGAAGUUUUCGAAGAGGAGAAGCUUGAUGCUCCGGCUACUCCCGUGACUCCGGUGCUCUCGGAUCCCGACUUCGAGAAUGACCCUGCCUUUGCUCUCUACAACGACUCCCCGAUCAUCACCGUGUCCUCGACCGAGCCCCUCGAGGUCGACCUUGAUGGUCUCGCCGACGUGGACAUCUUCGGAGGCAUCGAGACGGAGAAGGCAUUGGCCCGCUACGAGCUAGUGGAUGCCGCCGACGAGGAGGCCCAGGCUGCUGUUGCUAUCUUCAGGCUCGAGCGCAUGACGGCGAGGCUAGACUCGAUGAUGGAGCAGCUGGCAUCACUGAGUUUCAACUCAUGAUCCUAAACUUUCUUUUCGCAUUUCUGCUUCCUAUUUCUUGUCUAUAAUAUUACAAGCAUGUGUUCCUUCUUGAGGCCCUCUGUCCUACAAUAACCGGCGUAUUUGGAAGACCUGAGAGACUGACUCGGCACGAAGUUUAUUGGGCCAGACCGGGACAUUCUCCUGUCGCCCCCUGCUUGCUCAGCACCUUUUUCCCUCCUGUUUUCCUACUGUUCUCCUACUUUUCACGAUUUAUGAGGCCCGGUACAAUAUUUAGUUUCUUUUCAUCGCCCAUCUCGUCCUGUGCAUUCUUUUUUCACACACUACUUCCCAGGGCCUCACCGAUUACAAUCCAUGCACAUCCUAUCCUUACAUCUUGUUUUCAAGGGUCUACGCAUCUCAUUCUCGCCGAAAAGGCUGUUGGUAUGGGCUUCUCAUUAUGAUUACCAUGUUUUUUGACUGGCGUUGUAUUUGUGCGUAGAUAGGCACUGAAUGUAGUUAACCGGCCAUCUCAUCGGCAAUUUUGACUAAUAAAGUGGAAUCACAAGACAACGGGAGCAAAACCAUGUCCAUGUCUAGA